AUGGAUGCGCCGCCGCUGCUUUUCCUCUUCGGACCCAAACCUCGGAUGUUUAUUUUCUUGGUCUCGCGUCUUACGGGGGACCCAAGAACUGCAACUCCCGCCCUUCUUGAGCCGAGCCGGUAUUUCCCGUUUGCGGCUGCGCGGUUGGCCUGGGUUAAAGCAUCUAGAGACCCUAGGAUUGCUUCAGGUCAGCAGUCCCCACUGGAGAAAAAAAUAUUGAAUCUAGGUGGUGUGCGUACAAAAGCAGCCAGACAACUGAGAACUCAGAAAAACCAAGAAGAGUAUCAAACACUCUAUAGAGAGCAAGAUCUCUCCCUUGACUACUGGCUCGCCCGAGUGGAGUCUUACUAUAGUAAAGGAUUGGUGGGAAUGAUGAAAGCACAAGAGGCAGGCAAUGGGAUUGAGAAGAAAUGGGAGGGGAAGGCAACCCAAAGCACGGACAGACAGAAACAGUGCUGCUUGGUGCCUGAGAGAGAGAUGAGACACAUAGCGCGGCAAAUGCAGCAGGCGGCACAGGCCAGAGAGCUCACAGAGAAAGCCCUUAGACAGUUACUGUGGUCCCCUCCUGAGCCGGCACUCCCAAAGCUUGUGUGCGCAGGGCCUGGCGUCCAGAAUGCACAGAGAAGAAAACAGGUAAAUGACAGGGAACAGAUGCAAAUUAAAGAUCACCAGGAACGCAUGAUUAGAGGGAGGGAACUAAUAGAGCAAAGACUCAAGGCAAGAUUCUUGAGAAAAAGCCAGAGCCAGCCACCUACAACAGAGAAGCGUGAGAGAAUAAAGAAAGAGAUAAAAGAAUUUGAAAGUGUUAUUGCAUAUCCACUUUUCCAGCCACGCAGAAGUCGGAUUAAAGUGAAUAUUCUUAUGGAAAAGUCUCAGAAUAGAGAAGAAGAGGAUACAAUUAUAAAAACUUAUCAAAGAAAAUUUUUAACUCUGCCACCCUUUUUGAGAAGUCAAAUAAGAAAAAUAAAAGAUUAGUCAAGUUUCAA